GGCACCAACUCAUGAAGGCCUCGCUUCAUCAAACAGCGUCCUGGACGUUCUCUCACACAAACAAAACCUCGCGUCGCAUGGCGUCCGUGCGCGCCGUGGUUAUGACGUGGUGGUGGUGGUGGUGGUUUGCUGCUGCUCCUGUUCCAGCUUCUUGCUCUCAGCGAGGAUCUCGUCGUUGGUGAGCAUCCUGUGGCUGACCUUGCCGUCCUUGACGGUCAGCACGGCGAACUCGCACUUGUCGCUGGUGAGGCUCGAGCUCUCGGUUGUCUUGAGCAGCACCUUGGCCGCCAGGUGCACCGCCUCGUCGAGCGCCAUGUCCUCCUUCCAGUCCUGCACACACAACACACAGCACGGCCCUCCCCUGUCUGUGUGUGUGUGUGUGAGAAUGGCAGAGCAGGGCAGAGCGGACGGACCUGUUUGAGCAUGGGGACCGCCGAGCUGUAGUUGUUGCCGAUGGCUGUGGCUUUCCAGCCGGUGUAGUUGCCCGCGGGGUCCGACUGGUACAGCUGAAAGCCAAAGUGGCGGUCCCAUCCCGCAAACAUAAACGACACGCCGAACGGACGCAGACCGCCGAACUGCGUGUAUUGCUGACAGGCAGACAGACAGACAGACAGAUGGGCAUCUGCGCAUGUGUGAGGCAGAGGCCGCGUUAGGCUUGUGUGCGUACCUGUUUGUAGUCGCACAGCGAGACGACGAGCUGCUCGACGGGCUCGUUCUCGCCGUACCUGGAGAAGUAGUGCUGGGCGUUGAUGCGUGCCCGGUUGACGAGUGCGUUUGCGUCGCUGGUGAGGCCGGCCACCGCCACAAUGACGUGGUCAUCGAUCUUGUAAACCUUCUCGCCGCGCUUGCCGGGGUCGACGAGCUUGGUGGUCUCUUUCUUCUCGCCCGCCAGCACCACCCCGUCCUUGGCCUGAAUGCCGAUGACCGACCCCGCGUGGCUGAUGGCCUCGAUGGCGUACUCGACCUGAUGCAGGCGGCCCUCGGGCGAAAAGGUCGUCGUCCGCUGGUCGUACCGCCGCGCCAUCGAUGGAUCUGUGGAUCAGACGGGAGAGGGCUGACUCAAUGCGCCGCGCGGCACGACACGACACGACACGAGGAGAGAGAUGCGACGUGUUGCAAGCGAGGCCGCUGCAAAUGGCGAACAGGUGCACACGGGGUCUCGCUACUCUCCUUCACCGCAGUACUUCAAUGCUUCAG